AUGUCAUCCUCGGCCUCGGCGCUCGGUCUCUCGAACGACGAGCUCAAAGUGGUAGAGCAAUCCCGGCAGCGACUCUACCAGCUCACCAACUCGAUCGGCGGCCUACGAAGUAAGGUGCUACAGAGCAACCCCCUCCCGCCCCUCCAGGAGCUGCAGAACCAGGCCGAUGUGCUCCAGAACAAUAUCGCAUCGGUGCUGCAGGUGCUGUCCAAGAACCACGACCUUUUCACACGUCUCGCCGUCCACCCUUCGACCAACUACCCUGGUCGCAUCCAGGAAGGCCUCCUGAUGGGCCUCCUGCGUAAGAAGCCCGAGCCCGAGGUCGAGGCCGCUAUGAACGAGGGGCGCAAGACGUACGGGGACAUGGCUGAUGGUGAGGGUUUUGAGGCCCUGUCUGGACGCUGGGGGAAGGUUAGGAAUUAUAUGAUUGAUCGUCUCGAGCCGUUCAUGAAGGAGGAGCAGUUGGAUCCAUAUACGACUGAGGAGCGCGAGAUGGGGGUGGAGAAUGUGAGGACGGGGCUGCGGAGGGAGUUGGAAGAGUUUGAAAGUGAUAGCGAAGAGGAUGAUGAGGAUGAGGAUGAGGAAGAGGGUGGAAAUAAUAAGGGAAGAAACGUGUCGCAGGCGGCUGAUGAUGAUGAUCCGGAUAUUAUCAUGCUGGAUCGACCGCCGCCGCCUCUGCCGAUGGAGGGGACUGGCUGGCUGGCUGGCUGUUUUCUUGCCCGUGUUGCCAAAACUUAG